CUUACAAAAUAGAGAAAUUAAAUGGCAUCUCUACUACUGAUUUUAUCUUUCAUCUUCCUUGUCCUUUUCUUGCUCAAGAAAAGCUCCACCCAUUCCUCCGCCUCAACAAAGAGGCUGCCACCGUCUCCACUAAAGCUUCCGAUAAUCGGAAAUAUCCACCUCGCCGGAAGCCUUCCCCACCGCUCCUUCCACUCUUUAUCUAAGCGUUACGGCGAGCUGAUGCUACUCCAAUUCGGCAGCAAGCCCGUCGUUGUCGCCUCAUCUGCCAACGCAGCCAGGGAGAUUAUGAAAAACCAAGACCAAAUCUUCGCAAGCAGGCCGCGGUUGAGCAUCCCCUACAGGCUAUGCUACAGCGGUAGAGACGUCGCUUUCUGUGCCUACGGCGACCAAUGGCGGCAGAACCGGAGCAUGUGCGUGCUGCAGAUGCUCAACCACAAGAGGGUUCAGUCAUUUCGUCCCAUUCGAGAAGAAGAGACGUCGCUGAUGAUUGAGAAGAUGAAGCGAUCUUCGCCGGCAGUUGUGAACUUGAGCAAGAUGUUCAUGGAUCUGGCGAACGAUGUGGUCUGCAGGGCAGUGCUAGGGAGGAAGUACGACGGCGAUGAUGAUGGAGAGAAACAUUUCAAUCAGAUUUUGAAGAAGAUUGUUGUGAUUUUGCAAAGUUAUAAUGUGGGAGACUUCGUGCCGUGGUUGGGUUGGAUUAACCGUGUGAAUGGUGUUGAAGCAGAAGUUGAAAAUGUUUUUAAAAUGUUGGAUGAAUUUUUGGAGUGUGUGCUUCGAGAAUAUAGAAUGAAGAAAUUGAGUGAUGAUGCAGUCGUGAAUUUUGUAGAUGCAUUGCUUCAGUUUCAAAGGGAGAGCAAGGAUAGUGAUCCCGUUGACGAUGAUCAAAUCAAAGCCCUAAUCCUAGACAUGCUUGCAGCCGGAAUAGACACAACAUUCACAGUAUUAGAGUGGACGAUGGCAGAGCUCAUAAGAAAUCCAAGAACUAUGAAGCUUCUUCAAACGGAAGUGAGAAACAAGAAUGAGAUUAAUAUUAAUGAGGAUGACGUGGACAAUAUGCCAUAUUUGAAAGCCGUAUCCAAAGAGAGUCUAAGGCUACACCCACCUUUACCAUUAGCCGUCCCCCGAGAAUUAACUCAAGACACUAAUUUACUGGGCUACGACAUCCCACGUGGCACAGUUGUGUUGGUCAAUUGUUGGGCCAUAUCGAGGGAUCCCUUGUUGUGGGAGAAUCCCAAUGAGUUUCUUCCUGAAAGGUUCUUUGACACAAGCAUAGACUAUAAAGGUUUGCAUUUCGAGAUGAUUCCCUUUGGAGCUGGCCGAAGAGGUUGCCCGGGUAUCGGGUUCGCAAUGUCUCUAUACGAGCUUGCAAUAUCAAGAUUGGUGAACGAAUUCAACUUUGAAUUGCCUAAUGGAGUUAGAGAGGAGGAUUUGGACAUGACUGAAGCCCCUGGAUUUGCUGUUCAUAGGAAACAUCCUCUACUUGUGGUUACUACACCACGUGCCACUUAAUAAUUUCCAUUUAAAUUUGGACAAAAUGUAGGAAAUAAUUAUUGAAUAAAGUUCUUCGACACAA